UUAUAUUCACGGAGGCUCUGCCAAUGAGCUCCUCACCACAGGCUAUCACUUGCAAAGGUGCCAUAUGUUGGGCAAUAGGAGAGGGAGUGAAGGAGGAGGAGAUAGAAGUAGAGCCUCCAAAAGCUUCAGAAGUUCGAGUUAAGAUGCUUUGUGCUAGUGUUUGCCAUUCAGACAUCUUUGCCACUCAAGGACUCCCACAUGCCAAUUAUCCUCAAGUUCUAGGCCAUGAAGGAAUUGGUGUUGUGGAGAGCAAAGGGGAGGAAGUGAAGAAUGUGAAGGUAGGGGAUAUGGUGAUUCCACUGUACCUAUCAGAGUGUGGAGAAUGUGAGGUUUGCAUAAAAGGGAAGACCAACUUAUGCAUGAGAUACCCUAUAAGGUUGAAUGGGUUGAUGGCAGACAACACUUCUAGAAUGUCUGUGAGAGGUCAAAAGGCAUAUCAUCUCAUGAGUUGUGCCACAUGGUGUGAGUAUAUGGUCAUUGAUGCUAACUAUGUUCUUAAAGUUGAAUCAUCAGCCAUUGAUGCAGCUCAUGGCAGCUUCAUCUCUUGUGGUUUCUCUACUGGUUUUGGGGCUGCCUGGAAAGAAGCCAUGGUUGAAGAAGGAUCCAGUGUUGCUGUUUUUGGUCUUGGUGCUGUUGGAUUAGGGGCUGUAAGUGCAGCAAAAUUGAUGGGGGCAACGAAGAUAAUUGGGAUCGACAAAAAUGAGAAGAAGAGAGAAAAGGGAGAAGCUUUUGGAAUGACACACUUCAUAAAUCCUGACAAGUUAUCAGAUAAACCUCUUUCAGAGGAAGUCAAAGAACUAAGUGGUGAAAUAGGGGGAGUGGAUUAUUCUAUUGAAUGCACGGGAGUUCCCUCUUUGCUCAACGAAGCCAUGGAAUCUACUAAAGUGGGAGUGGGCAAAACUGUAGUGGUAGGUGCAGGAGCUGAAUCUGUGCAGUUGAGUUAUGGCACCAUUCUUUAUGGAAGAACAUUGAAAGGUUCUGUAUUUGGAGGAAUAAAGCCCAUCUCUGAUCUUCCUUUUAUAGCUCACAAGUGUCACACAAAGGAAAUUCCAAUUCAUGAACUUUUAACCCAUGAGAUCCACUUGGAAGAUAUAAGCAAAGCAUUUGGGCUAAUGAGACAUCCAUAUUGCGUCAAAGUUGUGAUCAAGAUAUGACAUCAUAGGUCAUUGUGAUCUUUGGGGGAGAAAAGGAACUAAAUUUCAAAUAAAGAAUGACACGUGGGAAAGAGAUUGACAUAAUGCACGUAAUUUAUCAUUAUGCAACAAUAAUAUAAGAUACACCAUGUUAAAUACUCCUUCGAUCUUAAAUACAAGACUCAUGUAGUAAUGUAGUUUACAUUACAAAAUGAGCAUCAUAUUUAUUACUAG